ACACACACACACACAGCGGACGAAACGCUCUGAAUGGAUGCGGAUUAUUUGAAGGCUCCCUCUCCCGGACGCCACUCUAAUAACGCAGCGUGGAUCCUUCACCGAGACUCGGAAUCGCGUUUGUGUCCGGACUGCGGGUCUGCAUGGGUCCGAGCUAAGCUCCUUCCAUAGGAACGGAGUCUAAAAUGAAGUUAUGGGAUGUUCUAGCCACGUGUUUGUUGCUCCUGAGCUCUGUGUCCACUCGUCCUCUGUUCCACAAGCUGCAGCCGUCGAAGAGAGCUUCACUGCCACAGCAUCUCGCUGAGCCCCUCGCUGUGGACCCCAUCAUAGACUCCUCUCCUGAAGCUGCCAGUCUGAAACAAGCCUCCAUGGAAGAACAAUAUGACAUCAACAGCCUCUAUCCGGAGCAGUUUGAUGAUGUAAUGGACUUCAUUGAAGCGACCAUUGGCAGAUUACGGAGGUCCCCUGCGGCAGAAGGUGGCUUUGAGGGCCGGAAGGACAAGGGAAAGAGACAGAGAGGGGCAGCAAACACAGAAAGAGGAGGACGGGGACGUGGAGAAAGAAAGAAGGGUCGAGGACGUGGAGGAGGCCGAGGGAGCAAAGGGGGUCGAGAGGAACUUGUCAAAGGUCAAGGCCGUGGGUGCCUUCUCAAAGAAAUCCACCUCAACGUGACAGACCUGGGGUUGGGGUACCGGACCAAAGAGGAGUUGAUAUUCAGGUACUGCAGUGGUCCUUGUUACGAUGCAGAGACCAACUAUGACAAGAUCCUGAACAACCUCACCCACAACAAGAAGCUGGACAAAGACUCACCUUCGAGAACUUGUUGUCGGCCGAUAGCGUUCGACGAUGAUCUCUCUUUCUUGGACGAUGACCUGGAGUACCACACUCUCAAGAAGCAUUCCGCCAAGAAGUGUGCCUGUGUCUGACUUGAGGACGCGCAAGGGAGAGGGGGAAAAAAAAGACACUUGGAUGAAACGCAGGAGUCUCGCACUUCAGAGGGCUUGAGGCCAGUGCAAAGACUAAUGCUGCUUCUCGGAGGGAAAGUGCAGGGCUUGAGUGUGUCAUAGCUUAUUCCCCAGACAUACAAAAAGCACAGCCCGAGAAAAGCUAGCAGCACAGAGGCACACGACAGAUCUGUUGGAAGUCUUUCAACCCAAAGGAGUGACUUAAGAGCAAAAGCUUCAGGAAAAAGUACUCUAGCUGAGGAGCAGCAACUAAGUAUUCACUUUGUUACCAAACAAAACCAGAGCAUUUCCUUAUAAGUGUGGCUUCAAAUGUAAAUGCUAUCUAAAUGGCAACAAUAACAUACUUCAUUAGCAAGUCACAGACAAAUCACAACCCGACAGCUGUACCGUUGAAGUAUACACAAACUCUAAUUUAGGCAGUGUGUGUGGUGGCGUUUUGGAUGGGUGCUUUGCUGUGAGUAAGCUGGAGAGCCUGUGGACAGCACAAAUUUUAUGGAUCUCUCCAGGAACUGCAGAAAGUGGUGGUCAUGCCAUGCCGACCACAGCGGACCUCAAACGUUUACAUUCAGAAAGUCCAAGCGCCCUUCUCAAGAUGCGGACUGAUCCCACGGCAGCCGUGACAGACUCAUCACAAAAAUGUUUAAUAUUCAGAAAGUUAUCUAUAUAUAUAGUAUAUAUGAAAAGCGUAUUUAUUGAAAUUUAAUUAACUUAUUGUUAUUUAUUACAAUCCAUUGUAUUAGAGUGUUUUUUUUUCUUAUUUAUUUGUUGAGCUUUUUUUUUUUCCUCCGUCUUGGAUGGUGCCAAAGUGGAGCAUGUGUUUCUAAGGAAAAGCAGAUGAUGUGAUAAUCUAGCCUCAAGGUUUUAGCUGUAAAAUAAUCACUCACUGAUUAUAGGACUUUAGAACCCAGUCUCUCACCUCUAAAACAAAUGGUACAGUCAGACCUCAUUACAAAAAUAAUAACCUGAUGACAUAACUUAAGGACAAGUGGACCAACUGUUCUUUGAAAGGGAAAACACUCAGAUAUAUUUAACAGCUUGCUAUACUCUUCGCCAUUACUGUAAUUUUACAUUGCUAAGGAAAAGAGAAUAAUCUAA